AUGCAAAUCGAGAGCUACAUUGUGAUCAAGGAUCUUGAUGGCAUUCGGGUGCUCGUGGACAAGUUUUGGAUUGAGAUUGAGUCGUUGCUGAUGGAUGCUGAUUUUACUGAUAUAAGAGACAAGGAGGAGGAUGGGACACUGGUGGUGGUUGCAGUUGGAGAGAUUAGGAAGAAAGGGGCAAAACGGCCGGGGCAAAAUGUUGGCACAAGAAAGGCAAAACCUGCAGCACUUGCGCUGCCCACCACUGCAACUGCCACUGCGCCACCGCAAACCACCACUGUCUCCUCCGUACGGCACCGAACCACCGUCCGCCACGUGUCCGACCCUUCUCCUAACAAUGUUUAUGGGAAAGAGGCGAAAGGUAAUAAAUGUAUAAUGAACCUACGACAGCGGUUUCAAGAAACCUUUUCCUCCCAGGCCCGCAUAAGCACAACAAAUAGACAUCAUCGUAAUAAUCAGUGGCCAUCGAAGAGAAUGAAUGAAGGGGAGGAUGUGUACAGGAAGCAGAUCGAGGAGCUGGAAGAGUUGUUCUCUAAGCUAAAUCCUAUGGCUCGGGAGUUUUUGCCUCCAUCACUUGCUAUUUCAGAUAUGCCCAUGGACUUUAAUGGCGGAUGUGCCUCGGCUGCUGAUGCUAUGGACGAUAACGGGCUUGGCAACAGCAAUGGAAGCAGGGGGCCGAGAGGGGCCAAGAAGUGGACGAACAGCAGGACUACCAUGGCUCAACGUGAAGAAAAAAUUCGAAGGACUGUUUAUGUUUCUGACAUCGAUCAGAAGGCAAGUUAUCUCUGUAUAGUUUUGCUGGAUAGUUACUUUUUUGAUGGUGACUUUUGUGUGCUCUUUGAGUUUUCUGUGAGUGAUUUUUUGUUGCUAAUCUCUUAUAACAUUCUUUGCCUUUUAACCGGAAAGGUUGUGGACUGCCGUGUAUGUGGAGACCCGAGAUCUGUUCUUCGUUUUGCUUUCGUAGAGUUCACUGAUCAGGAGUCUGCUCGUAUUGCAUUAAGUCUGUUCGGUACUGUUCUUGGAUAUUAUCCGGUCAAGGUCUCACCUUCCAAGACAGCAAUUGCACCUGUUAAUCCUACGUAUUUGCCUCAGACAUCGGUUGAACGAGAGAUGUGCUCAAGAACAGUCUAUGUUACGAAUAUCGACAAGAAGGUUUCUCAAACGAAAGUGAAGCUCUAUUUCGAAAGUCUCUGUGGGGAGGUAUAUCGCUUGAGGCUGCUAGGAGAUAAUCACCACUCUUCACGGAUUGCAUUCGUGGAAUUUGUGGCGGCAGAAAGUGCAAUUGCUGCUCUCAACUGUACUGGAGUGAUGUUGGGGUCCCUGCCAAUAAGGGUAAGCCCGUCAAAGACUCCUGUCCGUGGUAAAGCUCAUCGUCCUAAAACUCACUAA